CUCAGUACGGUUGUACCAAUGUUGCAUGAAGUUCGUCCAAGUUUUUGAUACAAGACAAACCAUGUGGUCAACGUUUGGUUUGGUUAUUCGGAGCGUAGCACGUGUAAUUGUCAAAAUAUAACUGUUUUGUUGCGUGAAAGUUAUACGUUGGUGUUUUAUUAAUAUAUGGGGUGUAUAAUAUUGAAUAUAGUUAUUAAACACGUUAAUCCAUUAGGAAUUAAGUGACAAAAUGCAGAUGAAACUGAAUACCCAACGCGAUUCUUCGGCAGUCGACGUAAUAGAUGUAGAUGAUUUAAUUUUAACGAGAAAAGGCGGAGGUAGUAUAAUUGAUUAUCGACCAGUCUUUUCUUAUGAUGGAGAAACAUUGUAUAUAAUAUGGAAACAAGUUAUAAGAGCUUACAGUACACAAACUGGAGACUUUGUAAAAGAAUUGGAGCCAGCAAAUCAUCGGAUAAAUGGUUUAGUUGUGCAUCCUGACAAUUUUAAUACUAUUAUUGCUUGUACAGAGAAUGGAGAAUUAUACUUCUGGAGUUGUCAAAGUGGCAUUAUCACUAAAAAAUUAAAAUUAAAAUUUCAAGAAGAACCAAAAGUAAAAACUUUUCAUAUUGUUAAUUAUAAAACUCAUAAAGGAAAUGAGUUACGCCAAGUACUUGUAACUUAUCUUUCAAAAUGCAAUACAAUGAUCUAUGUAGUUUUAUUCGACUUAGAUAAUGGAACUUGUACAAAAUCUACCUGUUUAUCAAUUAAAUCUCAAGAGUAUUAUGUUGAUAUAAUUGGGAAUCAUGGAGAAAAUUUAAUAGCAAUUCUUCAUGAUGUAGAUUUACAUAUUUUAAAUCCAGCAAGAAAUCUUAUGGAUAAAUUACAUAAGACUGGCAAAACAGGUAGAAUACCAACGUGCAUUGCUGGACAUCCAGAAGAAGAAUGCGUUGCCACAGGAGAUUCAACUGGUCGUGUAGUAGUAUGGAAAAGUUUGUUCCAAACAAGACCUUACACAGCUGUAUAUCAUUGGCACACAUUGCCUGUAACAGAAAUUGCGUUUAGUAAAUCAGGUGGUCAUAUGUAUACUGGCGGAGGAGAAUGUGUAUUAGUAAAAUGGGUUUUGGCAAAUCCACACCACAAAUCUUUUCUUCCUCGAUUACCUGCUCCUAUAAAACAUCUUACUAUUGCUCCAGACAAUUUGUAUGUUGCUGUUUCCACCUUGGACAAUGGUAUUGUAGUUGUAAAUCCGCAAAGAAAGUUGACCUCUGUAAUACAGAAUUUUACAUGGGGUGUAGCCUUGUCUUCUCAAGACUUAUUUCCUGCUGGCCUUAUUGUUGAUCCACGUACAGGCUCGCUUGUUUUAAAUAGUCGCACUGGACACGUCCAAUUUUAUAACACUUACACGAAAAGUUUAUUGUACAAUAUUAAUAUUACAGCACAAAACUUUUUAACUCAAGAACGUAGUUUAAUAAUUGUGAACACAGAAGUUACAAAAAUAGCUUUAAACGACGACGGUACUUGGAUGGCGACAGUCGAGGAGCGAAACGAUAAAUUAUCUUGUAUAGAAGUUAGACUAAAAUUUUGGAUGUUUGAUUCCAAAGAGCAGUUGUUCUCAUUAAAUACAUCCAUUGAACUUCCUCAUGAAGGAGGCGUUAAUGCAUUACAUUUCCAACCAACCUUCGAUGAAGAUGGAAUGCUCGCAGUUACAACGGGGAGGGAUAAAAAAUUCAAACUAUGGCACCUUGUUGAAUCCACGUCUAUGUAUAAAAAGGCGAAACAUUGGCAAUGUCAUAGCAUAGGAGAUUAUAGGAAUCUGCCAGUAACAGACGCGGGAUUUUCGAUAGACGGUUCAUUAGUUGGUAUUGGUUUCGAUUCUAGUUUAACAAUGUGGACACCCGAUACCUGUACAUUUAAAUGUAGUCUUACUCACAGUCGAUACCAACAACCGAUAACACGAAUCGAAUUUGGAAGACAAGAAUCCUGUCAUCUUGUGAUAACAGCUUCCACAGAACACAUUGCAGUGUGGAACAUCUUAUCGCUUACGUUGAUUUGGAGUGUACCUUUGAAAGUUGCAACCCUUGCAGCUGACUCAAAAUCUAAUUAUAUGGCUGUUUUUACCACUGAUAACUCAUUAUAUGUAUUUACACCUCAAAAGUCAUCACCGAUAUACUCUAGGAAAAAUGUUAUCGAAAAGAGCAGUUCUAUUUUGGGGGCUACCUUUAUACCGCACCUCCAAGAAAAGCGAAAUUCUUCUUAUAGACAGUGGCAGAAAAAGUCACAACUUUUCUUCUUAGAUUCAAAUCAAGAAUUAUUAACACUGGAACCGGAAUCCGAAGUAACUAUAUCGUUGGAAAUAUUGUCUUCAAGUGCCUCUGUACCGGCAACUGCUUUUGCCAAUAUGGUAGCAUCUAAAACAACUACAGACAAAGAGGAAGUCGUACCGUAUAUUCACAACCAUUUGGGCACAACAGGGAGGGGAAUGGUGGAAGAACUGCUCAGCGUCUCAGCGCACACCUUACCGCCCAUGAAAUUGCUUUGUACAUCUUUCAUUACCUCUCUGUUGACGUCGUCGACAGCCCAGCCAGCGGAGAACAAGUACGACAGAGAUGACAAAGAAAACAGCGAAGACGAAUCAGCGGACGAGAGCGAGAAUGAAUUUUCACGUCCAAUGAAACCAGAACCUUCUCCCGAUGUUGUGAACAAUGCGAUAGACGAUACGAAAGUAGAAUUGAUUGAUCAUAAUUGGUCUUUCCUGAAGGCUAUACUUCCUGAACAAGACAUCGAGACCACUGAACAUUAACGUGAAUAAAUUACCUAUGUUGUGCCGAAUAUUUUUCGGGAAUCUAGAACUUUGUCAGCGACAACUAUGUAAAAUAAUUUCGUCCAAUUGUAACAGUCAUUUCCUACAAUGUUACUAUUUUGUAGCAAAAACAUAAACACAAUUUUCUAUGUUUCUUGAUUUGCGCCGUUACCACCUUCAGAAAUUCGUUGUCCGACGUAAGAAACAUCGAUCCUUAGCUAAAAUUUUACAGGUUGAGAUAAUCAAAUUAAU